GUAGUCACUGCUCCGUUAUUCACCUUCCCUUCACUCCUUGUGGCGAACUCGCACAAGCUUAACAUAACAGCUUUCACUCAACAAGUUCCCUUAUCCAUUGAAAGCUCCAUGAUCGAGGCACCACAUACCGCCCGGUGAUCAAAACUAACGCAGAGUGCCCACUUCCGAGCUGUACAAACAGCACCUGCCAGGUCAAUCGGUCCCCUCAAGUUAAGGCAAGGGCAUAUACGCUCGAUCAGGUGUCAUUACAGGCUGAACAAUUCAAUCGGGCUUUGUGUUUCCGAUCCCUUGCCCAUUCCUACCCGCCGAUCCCAUGGAGGUGAAAUUCCAUAUCAGCCAAGACGGUCGGGUUCCGAAGCGGAAAUAUGCCAAGGCCGCUUGUGAUGCAUGCCGUCGGAGAAAGGUAUGCUGGCUGGUUUUUCAGAAGGAUUAUCGCUAACGCUACUCAGAAAAAGUGCUGCCAUGAAAAGAAAAAACGUUCACCAGCCACUCCGUCAGUAAAUUUGGAAGACAACGAUGCUAGCUACAGCUUACAGCCAUCAACUCGGGCCCCGGUCUCUACCGAGGAACCGCAGCGUCAAACACAGGCGCCUCGAUUUCCUGUAGAACAAAGGCAAAGUAGCCAGCCGGAGUGCUCGUCAAGGCUACUCCAAGCUGACCGUUUUAUCGGUGAUUUGAACCCUGUUGUCUUCUUUGUUGAUGACACAAACACGCGACUCAUGGGCGGACGAGCUCACCAAAAAGAUGUAGGAGUAUGGCUGGAUAGGGACAAUGACCUGGUCUCAGGCGGAGAACCUCAUGCGGAAAAUCUGUCGUCGGAGAGCUCAAGCCACCACACGAGGGGCCAACGAGGUAAUACACGGCGGGCCGUUCUACUGCCUCCGCGUCAGAGCCAGGAGGCAUUGGUCGAUAUCUAUCUCCGCCGCAUUUACCCCAUACUCCCAUUAAUCGAUGAACAUGACUUUCAACAGCAGUUUAAAGAAGGCUGCGCUUCCCCUUACCUCAUUCAGGUUAUAUGCCUAGCAGCCUCCAAAGAUCAUGAAGCGGAGCCUUACCUCCGUCUUGCAAACACCGACAUACUGUCCCGUGGCGAAUUUGGCAACUUACUCUACGACGAGUUAAGUCAAGUGAUUGCCUUGAGGCUGGAGAGGAAAAGAACCACGCUAAUCCAGAUCCUUGCAUUGCUUUCUCUUCAUGUUCCGGGAUCCAGGAGCUUCGAGGAUUCUUCGUUAUACCUGGCCCAAGCCAUUCACCACGCACAGUCCAUGGGAAUCCACAUGACGAGAGGGCCAGCGCAGGAAAGGAAACCCGCAAUCGCGCUAUUUUGGUCUCUGUGGGCUCUCGACCGAUACACCGCUGCCAUACAGGGCAGGCCGCUAGUCAUUCAUGACAGGGACUUAGGCCAGCGGUUGGCAGACGUGAUCGCGCUUUUUGAGGCGCCUUUCCGCGUCUUCCUAUCUCUGGCGUCAGUCCUUGCCGAUGUUUUCGUCGUCUAUCGGCCGGCUUUAGAGGCCCCGAUCGAUUCCGAUAAGCCAGAAAUCCCGCGAUUCGAGGAUAUAAUUGAUAGAUGUGGCGCCUGGAACAUUCCACCAGAUACCAUAUUGUCUCUAGAGUUUGUAUAUCUCGCAAUCGCGCUUCUAUCCUCGCGGCCAUGGGUUCUCAAGGAUCAACCCAAAUCAAAUAGUUUGUAUGUUAGGCAGGAUUUGGCUGUCUAUCGGAUGGUUUCCUUGAUUCAAAUUUGCGACUCCGCGCAGCUUCUACCACUCCCAAUUGUCUCUUACGCCAUAUCUUUAGGCUUCUGCGUUGCGUACAAACAAAUCAAACGAUGCCAGCUUCUCAGCACCCAGUUAACUGCGAAGCAACACCUGCAGGCUUUGUACAAGAGCCUUGAAGCAUUAUCACCAACAUGGUGGUCAGCUCAGGCCAUGACCCAACUCGGCCGGCGCGCAUUGAGUGAGGUUCAACGCACCACUGAAAAGAUAAAUGAACUGCCUGGCAGGAACCGACCGUCUGAUCCAGUACCAUUAGCAGAGUAUAUCAACACCCCCGUGCCUCCUGGCUCACCAGCAUCAGACCCUGUAACCGGGAUGGUUGCAAGAACUGAACAAGCAGUUGAUCUUGCAGAUAUGGAAGAUGAUGCGUUCAGCUACUUUUCAGGAAACACUUCUCUUGAUAUCGACAGUCUCCUCGGGAAUCUCCUUAAUAUCACGGUCCCGACAUGUCCAACAAAUCCGUCAUUUACCGAUUUUGAUCUAAGUUGGGAUGACCAGUCUGGAUAUGCUAGCUUCUACUAAGGUGUGCUAGGGUUCAAGAGUCAAUUUUCCAAGUUCCGAGAAAAGUGCUUAGCCUAACUGCUUUUUUCAAUGAACCAAUUCAUUUCCAUCGGUUCAUAUGUGAUUAAGGAACUAUUCUGCAAUAGCAUAAACAUGAGUAUCCGUUUACGUAGUUACGGAUUCGUUACUCAAUAGCAUAAACAUCCAUAGCAUUAAUUUUUGAGUCAUCUCAUUAUGGGUACCAUUCUAUAUCUUCCAUGUGUUCGUUUCCAAAUCCCUCUAAGCCCUGAAACACCAACCUCUAUGGUAGGCCCAGUUCUAAAUGUCAUUGCCAUCAUAACUCCUUCCCAAUCAAUAGUCCUCCUCCGAUCCAUCAUCACUGAACGCCGCCUCGUCCAGCAGAUCAUCUUCGCCAUCAUCCUCAUCCGCCCACUCCUCAUCGUCGAAAUCGUCGCCCGACUCGUCGUCCAGCAUCGCAUCGUACAUCUCACUCAUUAACGCCUUGACCGCCUCUUCCUGCCCCUCAGACAACUGCAUCAGGUCCUGCAGCCGCUGCUUCGGCUUCCACUGCUCGGCAUCGAAGUCGUCCGUGUCAAAAAAGGCCUCGGGCAGAUGCGUCCCGAAAAAAGCCAACACCAUCGCCGGCACGCCCAUCACGUACUCCGCCGACAGCGAGAUGCUCGCCUCGUCGUGGUCCAGUCGCUUCGCCAAGCUCGAAGUAUCGCGCGCGCGGAUCAACUCCACGAUAUCGGACCCAGGAAUCUCAACCGUCUCUCCCGCCUGACCGUUGGCACACGCCUUGAUCAACGCCAGCGUCUCAUCCCAGUCCAGGGUGUGUCGCUCCGUGAGCAGCGCCAGCAGCAAAUACGUCGGGCACUCGUUGUGCGCAUUCUCGCCGUUCAGCACGCGCGCAUAGGCAUCGCUCUCCGCCUCCAGUCGACCCUGGAACGGCUUCCAGAACGCCCGGUGCCACGGGUCCGCGGUGUUCGCAGACCCAGGGCCCUCGGUUUUCUCCUUGCCCGCGAGCGCCUGCGGCGGAAGAUACUUCUCGUAGCGGGUGAAGUUCCACAUGUUCCAGAGGUUGUCGACUUCCUCGCCCAUCUUAGUCUUGGUGGCGAGGUCGAAAGAGAGCUUAGCCGACUCGGUGCCGUCGGUCUGAGGCAGGAGCUUAGCCUCGUACCCUGAGAUGGUCUCCUGCAGGGACUUUUUGCCCGCUUCGGAGCUGUCGCCCUCAGCAAGGAUCUCGCAUGCUUCGCGGUACGUGACGAGCGCCUCGUGCUCGGCCUCCGUGACGUUGCAGUGUGGGUGCGUCAGCAGGGCGUCCACGAAGGCGAUGCGCUCCUUGGUUUCUUUGCUAGAGGCUUGCGAGAUGUCCUUGAAUGGCCGCGGAGGGGCCAGAUAUCGUAGGGGGUCCAUUGUGAGGUAUAGUCGUGAAAUAUGUAUGUAUUGGGUUUUGUUUGUUUUGAUUCUACCUUUUCUUCUUUUUCAUUUUUUCCAGGGGUCGCGAUAAGAAAAAAUUUGAUCGUGUCCCGCCACUUUUAUUGUGGGUCGGCCGAAGUCUUGUCGGGGGAUCGGCACUGUCGUUCUUCUGGUCCAAGGUGGAUAUCUUGACGGGGCAAUGUAAAUGUGCAAGGGUUGAUGUUGUUUUCUUGUGAGAUGGUGUGAGAUGAAUGAGUGGGGAGGACAUGCAAGGAUGUGUCUGUAGUGCUACUUGCUGCCGUUUCAUCUUGUUUGCUCAUCCCGGUUCAGUGUACGAGGCCUGUAAGUGGUUGUGAACACCUAAAAUUGGUAGUAUUCAGGUAUUCUCUUCCUAUAUGAUAAUCAAUCAUAACAAUUCUGUCUUCCACCCAGUCUCUAACUUGAGUAACGCUCUGCGACAAGUCCUGUACUCCUUCAUAUCCCCAGUCCCCACACUCGACUCGA